AGCUCCGUAACCACGAUCUGUCAGUCCGGUCGGUAACGUGGUAACGGUUCGGUGUAAAUUCCCGUGUGUUCCCGUCAGUCAAAUCGGUGCGUGUGGCUCAGUUUUUUUCAGCGUCAGUGCAAAUCAGUGCCCCAACGAAGCCCAAAGUCAAAGAAGUAAAAUUCCAGCGUCGAAACGAUCCCCUCGUUUGCUUCGUUCCCGUUCCGUCCGCAAGAGGCCGCAGAGCACCGUGACGUCACCAGAAGCGAUCAGUCAGACCAAUAUGUCGGCGUGUUGGUGGAACAAGUGAUAGUUAUUGUGUGUGAAAUUCCAACAAACGGGCAUCCAAAUUGCUGAACCGACCGCGAAAAGACUUUUAAAAUUGUUAUAAAAAUGGCGUCGCAUUGCAUCGGCAAGACGGAGUUCAUAGUUGGUGGCAAGUAUCGCUUAAUUCGGAAAAUCGGCAGUGGCUCCUUCGGGGACAUCUACCUGGGCAUCAACAUCACGAACGGAGAGGAAGUGGCAGUUAAACUCGAAUCUAUUAGAGCAAGACAUCCACAACUUCUGUAUGAAAGUAAAUUAUACAAAAUUCUACAUGGUGGCAUAGGAAUACCACAUAUCAGAUAUUACGGCCAAGAGAAAGAACACAACGUCCUCGUGAUGGAUCUCCUCGGCCCGUCGCUCGAAGACCUCUUCAACUUCUGUUCCCGCCGUUUCACGAUCAAAACCGUUCUGAUGUUGGCCGAUCAGAUGAUCGGUCGUAUCGAAUACGUCCAUUGCAAGUCUUUCAUCCACCGCGACAUAAAACCCGACAAUUUCCUGAUGGGAAUCGGACGUCAUUGCAACAAACUCUUCCUGAUUGACUUUGGUCUGGCGAAGAAGUUCAGGGACGCGAGAACCAGAAUGCACAUCGGCUAUCGCGAAGAUAAGAAUCUAACGGGAACGGCGCGAUACGCCUCGAUCAACGCCCAUCUGGGCAUCGAACAGUCGAGACGUGACGACAUGGAGUCGCUGGGCUACGUACUGAUGUAUUUCAACAGAGGAUGUCUGCCGUGGCAGGGCCUGAAAGCGGCGACGAAGAAACAGAAAUACGAAAAGAUCAGCGAAAAGAAGAUGUCCACGCCGGUGGAGGUUCUAUGCAAGGGUUUCCCGGCGGAGUUCUCCAUGUACCUCAACUACUGUCGCGGUCUUCGUUUCGAAGAAGCCCCCGAUUAUAUGUACCUAAGACAAUUGUUUCGUAUUCUGUUCCGCACGUUGAACCAUCAGUACGACUACACGUUCGACUGGACCAUGCUGAAACAGAAAGCGGCAGCUACAGGUGGCACGGUGGCCGAAACGUCGGCCCAACCACAGACAUCGCGGGUCGUUAUAUCUCAACAAACAGCGAACCGUGACAAAAAAGAUGACGAAAAGAACAAGCAGAAUUCUGCUAAAGGUCAGCCAGUUGUCACGAAGCUUCUAUAAAGGAUCAACGCUCUCUUAAAAAGCACUGCAACCGUUAACACGCCCCCACCACCGACUGGGUCUAACCGACUUCGCAAAUAGUUGGUCACAAAAAAAUGCAAAAAUUCAAAAAAAUUGAGGUUGUCUUGAUGGAGACGCUGACAAUUUUAUAUAAAACAAAAAUUAAACUUUUAUUGUAAGUGAG